GUACUGCACUGAAAACUUCAGACAGUUACCUUAGGCCGAUGGCUCUGGAUCAAAGAGGGUCAUGGACAAGACACGAUAGAAGUCGAAACGAUGCGCAUGGUCUCGUCUUGUACACGGAUACCCGUUCCUCGUAUUUGGACCCAUUUCGUCUGGGAUGAACGCCGCUAUAUCGUUAUGAGCCGCGUCAGAGGUGUGGAGCUGUCGAGUGUAUGGCGCACGGCAGGGACGCAGUUCAAGGAAGCUGUUGCUGCGCAACUAGCCAAUCACUUCAAAGAGUUACGCACACUGCGUACUCCAUAUGGUUCGCGCAUCUGUUCUAUACUGGGAGGUCCAGUGCGAGACUUUCGUCUGCAAUAUCGGCAUACCGGACCGUUCGAGGACGAAGACGACUUCAAUCAUCAUGGGGCACGGUUCAACCAUGAUAUUGAGUUUUUGCCCGCCGACAUGCAAGAGCUUGUGGCAGCUGCACAUUCUAUCAAACACGACAUUGUGUUCACGCACGGUGACCUCGCGCUUCGGAAUAUCAUGGUCGACGGCGCCACAGUCACAGCGAUCGUCGACUGGGAAUGUGCCGGCUGGUUCCCGGAGCAUUGGGAGUACUGCAAAUCGAUCUUUGCUGCAGAAUGGGGGGAAGAACGAGACCCAUGGCUGCGUCGUGCACUCCCUGUCUAUUACCUCGAAGCGGAAGCCGACAGCAUGCUUGUGCGACAUCUUUGGAGACCCCUGGUGUAAUUCUGCCCGAGACCAAACGGUAUGUCGCGCGAUAGUAGUACAGGCUUACAGCUGCCUUGAGUUCACAUAUUGGAGAUGCCUGGAUGAGAACAUAACUUGAAGUCAGACCACAGGGACUCGGACGACUCCUCGUCAGCGUGCCACUCCGAGUCGGCCACCGUGACCGUUGUGCCAGCAAUAUCUCGUCGCUGGUUGAAGAGAGGGAUUUGUAGUGACUAGUAUGUAAUAGUCUUUGUAUGCACAGUGUUCAACCAGUUUCAGCUCCGGGCUACAGUCACGUC